AUGAAGUAUAAUGGCAUUAAAUGGCUCAUUCUUCAGUUGUGGGAAUAUUACGGUCAACGCCGUUGCAUACGUACAUAUGUGGGCCAUUUUGAAGCAGUUGUGGAUCUCUGUUUUAACAAUGACGGCACGAAAUUUUUAAGUUGUAGUUUUGAUAAAUAUAUAAAGUUAUGGAAUACAGAAACGGGGGAAUGUCUAAGUCGCUUUUCUACUGGAAAGGUUCCACGUUGCGUUCGUUUCAAUCCGGCUCCUGACAAGCAGCACAUGUUCGUGGCGGGCUGCAAAGACAAAAAGAUUGUUCAGUGGGAUAUCAAUACAGGCGAAGUUGUUCAGGAGUACGAUAGACAUUUAGGAGCUGUCAAUACAGUAACUUUUACUGAGGAAGGCAACCGUUUUGUGUCCACAUCAGAUGAUCAAAGUAUUCGCGUGUGGGAGUGGGAAAUUCCCGUUGACUUUAAAUAUAUUGCCGAACCCACCCAACAUUCCAUGCCAAAAACCGCCAUCCAUCCCAAUGGGAAAUGGAUUUGCUUUCAAAGUAUGGAUAACUUUAUAUAUGUUUUUUCUGCGAGUGGAAGAUAUCGGCAGCACAAAAAGAAACGCUUUUCUGGCCAUCUGACUGCCGGCUACGCCUGUGACGUUAACUUUUCUCCUGAUGGAAAUUACGUAAUUUCUGGUGAUUACGAAGGGCGACUCGUCAUUUGGGAUUGGAAAUCAGGAAAACUAUACUCAAAAAUGGAUUGUCAUAAACAAGUUACUAUUGGCUGCAUUUGGCAUCCUCACGAACCUUCACAGGUCGUCACGUGCUCUUGGGACGGAACUAUUAAACUUUGGGAUUAAUACGCACGAAAUAACUUUUGGAGUUAAACAUUCGAAAUAUUUCUUAUGGAAAUGAUGAGAGCUUAAAAAAAAUUGUUUACCUUAUAUUAC